GCCAGAGCAAAUGUGAAAUAUUUUCAUUCCACUUUUGUACUCCGUUGUGUGCACAGCAAAAAUAUUUUUACACCUUUUUGGAUCUCGUUCAAUGUUGGGUUGAGAUUCAAAUAUCCAUAACAAAUUUUGGUUACCGACUCUGACGCUGGUGCAACACUUCGGAUCACAAAGUUGGAAACAUCAAUAAGAAAUUCUUUGGCAAAUUUUCACACCUAUUUCCGUAAGCUUUUAACAUGUGCUGGCAUCCGGGCGGCUGUUGCGGCAUACCCGCUGGCAUUCAGUGCACAAACUUUUGUUUUAACUAUUGGACAGGUUGCCCCACGACGCCCUGCUGUCGCACCAGCUGCGUGCCUCCCUGUCCACCGUAUCGUGGUUGCUGCGGUGGUCCACGUUGCGGCUCUUGUUAGCAACAGGCUUAGAAGGAAAUUAGGUCUGAAGCGCCAUGGAGAAACAACAACAAAAAAGAACAUUUCUUCAAAAUCAAGUCGUCUGUUACUCUAGUAAAAAUAUCCACAAUUUGAUGUUUAUAACUUUAUUUUGAGAAUAUAUAAUACAAAGAAAAAAUUUUA